UUGAUCUCUCGUCGUUAUCUGAAACUUCUUCACCUCCAAUAAGAGAUUCUGUAACCCUUCUUCCUCUCCCUCUGUUCAAGAACUAUCUGACCAAACAUACAUAAAUAAAUAUGAAUUUAAAAAAAAUAUAUAUAAUAAAAAUGGUGGAUCUUUGGGAAACAUAAGCUUCAACUUAAAAACACAUGCUUCUGGGUCUCGCUUUAUCUUCAAGUUUUCCCGCUCUCUGUUUCAUUAACCCAAGAGAUAGAGUGGAGAGAAAGCAAAAGUUGAAGGAAGAUUAGAGAGAGAAGCGAUGAACACUAGUGGUGUUCGAGCUGCUCUUUCCUCCAUGAAAGCUCCUUCAAAGCAUGACACCAAUCAAGAGGAGAAGAAUAAGAAGAUGGAGUCUCAAUGCAAUGGAAAACCUCUGGUUAAUAGGCGCAAAGCUAACAGAGAAAAGAAAAUGGACUUGCUUCAAGAUGUUGAUAAGCUAAAGAGGAAGCUGAGACAUGAGGAGAAUGUGCAUAGAGCAUUGGAGAGAGCUUUCACUAGACCUUUAGGAGCUUUACCUCGUCUCCCCUCUUAUCUCCCUCGUCAUACAUUGGAGCUUUUAGCUGAAGUAGCUGUUCUUGAAGAGGAAGUAGUUCGGUUAGAGGAACAAGUCGUAAGCUAUAGACAAGGACUAUACCAAGAAGCUGUCUACAUCUCUUCCAAGAAGAAUGUAGAGAGUCCUAAUAGCAACAACAACGGUUUGAAAGAGAGUUCUCCAAUUAGAAACACUAAACACCAGAGAUCAAAAUCAAUGUCCCAACACGAGUUCAAUUCCAUGAUCACUCCUCCUAAAAAGCAUCAUCAACAGUCUCUUAGUUUCAGCAGAAGCGUCUCGUCAAGUAGGAAACUCUUCUCCACUGAUCAGAGAGUUGUGGUGAAUAGCAAACAAACGAAUCAGAUUAAGAAGGAUAAGGAAUCAUCACCUGAGAAGAAGCUUGGCAGAUUCUUGAAGAAGAAGAAGCCUCUGGUUAAGCCAGAGGCUGCUUUUCAGAUAGAUGAUAGAUUAGAAGAACAAGACAAAGCACAGGAGAGUAGUGUCUCAGGAUCAUCUUCUGAAGCGAAUAGAGUUUCAGAGGAUUUGCUGAAGUGCCUUGUGAGUAUUAUCUUGAGGAUUAGCUCGUCUAAGGACACUGUGUUGGAUCCGUAUAGCAACUGUUUAGAGUGGAGAGCAAGAGAGAUUGGUGCAUACAAGAAUCUUUGCUCCGUUGAUGCUUCUUCAAUUGAUCUUGGAAGAAGAACCAAUGCUUCAUUUCUCAUCCAUCGUCUCAAGUUCUUGCUUAAUAAGCUUUCAGUUGUGAAUCUAGACGGUCUAAGCCACCAGCAGAAGCUUGCUUUCUGGAUAAAUACUUAUAACUCCUGUGUGAUGAAUGCAUUCUUGGAGCAUGGGGUCCCUGGGACACCUGAGAUGGUUGUAGCCCUGAUGCAAAAGGCAACAAUAAUUGUAGGAGGACACUCACUAAAUGCUAUCACAAUUGAACACUUCAUCUUGAGACUUCCAUACCACUUGAAGUUUACUUGUCCCAAAACUGCAACACAUGAAGAGAUGAGAGCUCACAGCACAUUUGGUUUAGAAUGGUCAGAGCCUCUGGUCACUUUCGCUCUCGCAUGUGGAAGCUGGUCCUCUCCUGCUGUAAGGGUAUACACAGCAGCUAAUGUAGAGGAGGAGCUAGAAGCUGCAAAGAGAGAUUAUCUCCAAGCAUCAGUUGGGAUCUCCAAAAAGAACAAACUAAUGCUUCCAAAGGUGUUAGAUUGGUAUCUCCUAGACUUUGCAAAGGAUUUGGAGUCGUUGCUGGAUUGGGUUUGCCUUCAGUUGCCUGAUAAACUCAGAGAAGAAGCUCUAAAGUGCAUGGAGAGAAAGAACAAAGAGUCACUAAUGGAGUUGGUUCAAGUAGUACCGUAUGACUUCAGUUUCAGGUUGCUGCUAUUGCAUCAGUGAUAAAAGGUUUGUUAUGAAAGAACAUUGUAUAGAUUUGGGUCUGGGAGUGUAAAGUAGAGAGCAUAAGUUACAAUUUGUUAUUGGUUGGCUGAGAAUAUAUAUGCAUAUAUAUAAGUUUGUCUUCUUUACUCAAAAGUGAUAGUGAUUUAUUCAGUGGACUUUUUUUUAUCUGUAAUGCUAAAUACAAUGUGUACAUCAAAUCUUUUGUUGUUUUUAGAGUA